AUGUGGACGUCAGGGGGAUCGGGGUUAUCUUCCCUGCGUUUGCGUGUCAUGGACAUGCGUGUGAUGGACAAACGUGUCAUGGAGAUGCGUGUCAUUGACAGAGGGGUCAUGGACAUGCGUGUCAUGGAGAUGCGUGUCAUUGAUAGAGGGGUCAUGGACAUGCGCACCAGGCACUGCUGGGUUUUGCUGGGCGCGAGAGCUGUGAACGUGCGCAGGGGGCCGGGGUUGUGUGUUCUGCAAGUCAUGGUUGUGCGUAUCAUGGAUAUGCGGGUCGCGUUCUUCGGGGUGUUUGACGGGCAUGGCGGCACGGCAGCCGCCAAGUUCGCAGCAUCGGAGCUGGCGAGCCACGUGGCGCAGGCGGCUGCGCGCAGAGGCGCGCACGCCAGCGCGGCGGCGGUGGUGGAGGGGUACCUUGAGACAGAUAGGCGCUUCCUGGACCAGAACGUCGCCAGUGGCACGAGCUGUCUCACCUGCUGGGCCACGCCUGGGCGGCUUCUGCUGGCGCAUGCGGGGGACUGCAAGGCGGUGCUGGUGAAGGGGGGAAGAGCGGUGGAGCUUACAGAAGACCACCGGGCGGGCAGGGAAGACGAGCAGGCCCGCAUCACUGCCCUGGGUGGCUUCGUGGACACGGCCACGGGCAUGCCCCGCGUGCAGGGCAUUCUGGCCGUCACGAGGGGCAUAGGCGAUGCACACUUGAAGGCGUUCAUCACGCCGCAGCCGGACGUGGCGCAGGUGCGCGUGGGGGCGGACUGCAGCGCCCUCAUCCUCGCCUCAGACGGGCUCUGGGAUGUUGUGGCACCGCAAGAAGGCGCUGACGUGGUCAUGGCUUGUGUUGGCACGGCAUUGGAGGUACGGGCAGCAGCGGGGGAGGCGAAGGCAGCAGAGAGGGAGGUGGGUGCAGCAGCAGGGACUUCAGAGGAGGUUGUAGCAACUGAGAGGCCAGCUAAUUUAGCAACAUUGCAGCAAGCGAGUGCCGCAGUUCUGGCAGAGGAAAGGGAAUCAGAAAGUGGUGGGAGCAAGAAGGUUGAAGGGGCUUUCCACAGUGAGAAGGGGAUAAGAGAUUGCAGUGGGGGUGGGGGUAGUGAGAGGGGAGGGAGUGAGAGAGAGACAAGAGAGGUGGAUGGGGAGGUGCUGCUGAGUGCAUGCCAGGCGUUGGUUGGCAUGGCAGCAGCACGGGGGAGUAGGGACGAUAUCACUGUCAUGCUUGUGUCACUUGCCCCUUUUGCUGAGUCAGCAGCAUCUUAG